GUAUACUUCAUCAACCCGCAAAACAAUAUAAAAACAAAACCAGUCCCCCCUCCUCUCUCUCUGUCUCUCUCUCUCCUACCCAAGUUUCUGAUUCCCCUCUCUUUCUAUUUCUCUCUCUCAUGAAAAUUUGAAUCAAAUGUGAUGGGAACUGGUUUCUCUCACCUCUUCCCUUGCUUCAACCCGGCUACGGCGGCGAACCGGUCGCCCCACCACCAACCGGAGCUGAUCUUCAACGCCUCCGAGGCUCUCGACGAAACCCUAGGUCACUCCUUCUGCUACGUCCGCUCCUCCGCUCGCUUCCUCUCUCCUACCUCCGAUCGGUUCGUCUCUCCGACUCACUCGCUCCGCUUCUCUCCUUCCCACGAACCGCCCUCCAAGCCCAGACCGGGUGCCUUUCCGGAGACCGGGUUCAAGUCCAUCUCCGGAGCUUCGGUCAGUGCCAACACUUCGACUCCCAGAACAGUCCUCUUGUUGGACAACAUUUACGACGAUGCCACUGACUGUGUAGGCCUUGGUGGUGGUGUGAAAGCCAGUAUUGUCAAUGGGUUCGAGAGUACGUCGUCGUUUAGCUCCUUGCCUCUUCAACCGGUUCCUCGCGGCGGCGGCGAACCGUCCUUCUUCAUGUCCGGUCCGAUCGAGCGUGGGGCCCUCUCUGGACCGCUCGAAGGGACCGGCGGUUCGGACGGCGGUCGAGUCCCUUUCUCGGCGCCGCUCGGUGGCGUUUACGUAAAAAAGAAGAGGAAGAAGGGCAUUCCGGGAAUUCGAAAAGCGUUUUCGAGGAAUUUUUCGGAGAAGAAGAGGCCGUGGGUGGUGCCUGAGAGGAAUUUCGUCGGCCGGAAAGAUGUCGGCUCCGCCGUGGACGGCGGCGAAUCGGAGGCGAAGGUGGAGAGUAGUAAUGUUCAGUGGGCUUUGGGUAAGGCGGGUGAGGAUCGGGUACAUGUGGUUGUAUCGGAAACAUGGGAGCAUGGUUGGCUUUUCGUCGGGAUUUAUGAUGGGUUUAACGGCCCUGAUGCUCCUGAAUUCUUGAUGGGUAAUCUGUAUAAAGCUGUGUACAAUGAACUAGAGGGUUUAUUUUGGGAUUCUGAGGACCGAGAAGGUGUGAGUGCAAUUUCAGAAAAUGUGGUAAUUGCAGAGGAUACGAAUCAGUUAACUGAGAAUGCCGGUGGAGAGGUUGGAAAUGAUGGGGAAAUUCAAUUAAGUAGAAACGAAUCGAAUGCAUUGGAGUCCGAUCGAGGAUCCAUAAAAAAAGUGACUUUUCAAUCGGAACAGAUUGAGAUUAGACGGAGGCGAUUAUGGGAAUUUCUAGCUGAAGAUGACCCAGAAGAUGGGCUUGAUCUUUCGGGUUCGGAUAGAUUUGCAUUUUCUGUAGAUGAUGCGCUUAGCGUGAGCAAUGCUGGCACCGCGGUUAAUAGACGGUCAUUAUUGUUAUCGAAAUUGAAACAUGGGUUGAUUAAGCAUAAGGAGAGUAGGAAGUUGUUUCCAUGGAGAUUUGGGUUGGAAGCUAAAGAAGAGAAAAUUGAAGAAGCUGAGAAUAGAGUUGAGGAGAGUGUGAGCACAAGCCGUAGGCAGCGUAAGGUGGGUCCUGUUGAUCAUGGCUUAGUUUUGGGGGCAAUUUCGAGGGCUCUUGAAUUAACCGAGCUUGCGUAUUUGGAUAUGACUGAUAAGGUUCUUGAUCGGAAUCCAGAGCUUGCCUUGAUGGGUUCAUGUUUGUUGGUUGUGCUGAUGAGAGAUGAGGAUGUGUAUGUGAUGAAUGUUGGUGAUAGCAGGGCUAUUGUAGCACAGUUUGAGCCCGAAGAAAUUAGUAGUAGCAUAUCAAAUCAGCUAAUGGAUAAUGUGUCGAUCGCAGAGGACAUAGUUGAGGAGUCAGAUGCUGGUGAGAAGGUGAAUGAGGCAGCAAGUGAGGCUCCCACUCAGGCUAUGAGGUUAAGUGCAUUGCAGUUGUCUACUGAUCACAGCACAAGCAUCGAAGAAGAAAUUAUAAGAAUCAAGAAUGAACACCCGGAUGACAGCCAUUGUAUUGUCAAUGAUAGAGUAAAAGGUCGUCUUAAAGUUACUCGUGCAUUUGGGGCUGGAUUUCUCAAACAGCCCAAGUGGAAUGAUGCAUUAUUGGAAAUGUUUCGGAAUGAGUAUAUUGGUACUGCACCAUACAUAUCCUGCUCGCCAUCUCUUCGUCACCAUAAACUGUGUCCAAGAGAUCAGUUUUUAGUCCUCUCAUCUGAUGGCUUAUACCAGUACUUGAGUAAUCAGGAAGUGGUUUCUCAUGUUGAGAGUUUUAUGGAGAGGUUUCCAGAUGGAGACCCCGCACAGAACCUAAUAGAGGAGCUUCUUCUGCGUGCAGCCAAGAAAGCUGGAAUGGAUUUACAUGAAUUGCUUGACAUCCCACAAGGUGAUCGUAGAAAAUACCAUGAUGAUGUUACUGUAAUGGUAAUAUCACUUGAAGGAAGAAUUUGGAAGUCCUCUGGAAAAUACCUUUGAAACCCUUAUGAAAUUUCUCAGCCAGUGACAUCGGCUUUGAUCCUGGAGCUGAGGUGAUCGAAGUUCCAAUGCCGAUCCUCUUUUCAUGGGUCCACAACGAUUCUUUCAUCUCGCGUCGUGAGCAUAUUGUCAAAGGGGGAACCCCGCAUGACAAAUGGCGAAGGCAGUUAGACAUUUACCAAGACUCCAGGUUCCUGCCAAAAUAUAGGUUUUUGGAUGGCAAAUAGGAAUUUUGUAGUUGGGAUUGACGGGAACUGGUCUUUAGUGAAAGAGAUCCCUUCUUUCUUUCUUUAUUUCUUUCUUUCUUUGUUUCUUUUUCUUCUUUUAAGAAUUUUGCACAGAUGGAGGCUUGUUUCAUUCAUUUUCAUCUCUUUUAUAGCGAAAAAAGAUGUGGUUGUAAUUUGGUGGGGGUUUAGAUUUCCUUUACAGAACAUUAGCAUUUUCCCUUGUCAAAGGUGAGAAUAUCUGUAAUUUUGUCGGUGUAUUUCCAUAUUUCCAUCAAUGCAGUUUACAAAGAGUCAAAAAUUUCUUGUU